AUGUAUCAGCAUGAGUUAUUCCAUUUGGAUCUGGCAGCCAACUCUCCAAACCCUAAUCCUACUGUUUUCGAUCUCACUAUUAGCGUUCAACAUAGCGAAAACGAUGUCCGUACGUAUAAGGCAUACGGUCCUACGUGGACUAAAGUGUUAGCUCGUUGGUAUAGUACAAGACAAGGCACAGAAACUGCGGGAUACUAUGUUCAGAGAAAUUCCGACAACCUGGCAUAUUAUGCAUUGGCCAAAUACGUGAUGUCAAAAAAUGGCAACAUAUAUCCUCACCUGCCCAUUAUUACCAAGCUGCUCGACGGACCUCCAUACCUCCCUUAUGACCCGAGUUUACUCGUCACGUUCGUUGAAGAAGGCAGCGACUUCUAUUUGAAUAUUACGGACGAUGUUGCGAUUUCGCAUUUUUCCUCUGCUGGAGACUCUCCGCCUUGUUCUGAAGAUACAGACGGGAACGAAGUAAGCUCUCCCCUAGCCAUUGACGGAUUCGCUCCAGCGUCCGCCUACCCAGAUAGCUAUAACAGCCAAUUGUCGACUUGGAUAGAGGCCCUGGGCUCGACAAAUGGGGGUUCGAAUAGUACAGGUUCAGCAUCGGGAGGGGAUGCCGGCCAACAGAUCGCCAUUGCAUCGUAUAUCAAUCCUCUCGGAGACCCGGCUUCGUGGGAACGACUCUUAGCAUAUGACACUGAGAAGGUCAGCGUAUUGGUUGCCAAUGUUAUGAACGGUCCAGAUUAUGCGAUCGAUACGAACUGGAAAUCGGUGAUUGAUCAAGCUGCGAGUCAAGGCAAAAAGAUCCUUGGUUAUGUUCGGACUGGAUACCUUGGCGUGAGCCAACAACAAUUUACCACUCGACUUGGCUCCCAUAACCUCGCAGACUGGGCUUCGCAGAUUGAACAAGAUAUCGACAAGUGGUUCGAGCUAUAUGGGAGCAGUCUCGGCGGUAUUUUCUUUGAUGAAGGCUGGCCAGAAUGCGGUCCCAACAAUAUUUACGCCGAGCUAUACGCAUACAUCAACGAUUACACGAAGCGCAAGCACCCCGGCACAUAUACAGUGCUCAAUCCUGGCUCUCCAAUAGCUCAAUGCUACGAAGACACUAUGGAUACACUGUUGACAUUUGAGAGCAGCCAUGAGACUUAUACAACCUCGUUCGUACCUAAUGAUUGGACGCCAAAGGAUCCCCGAAAGAUAUGGCAUAUCAUCUAUAAAGUAUCACAGGAAAAAGUUCCGGGUGUUGUUGCGCUAGCCCGGAGCCGUCAUGCAGGGUUACUGGAAAUUACCGAUGAUGACCAACCCAACCCUUACGACACUUUACCUAGCGAGGCUUAUAUGAAAGCAAUGAUGGACGAAGUAUCAGGUGGUAAACCUAGCAUUGAUGAGCCAGCUAAAGUUACUGGAUCCUACGUUGCUGGUCUUCCAAGCAACGCAGCCGUCUCCUCCUCGGACUAUAGCUCCGUCACCCUCACCUGGUCAUCUGUCGCAAAUGCUCUUGGCUACGCGGUGUAUAAGAAUGGCGAACAGGUGCUGGACCUGCCCGCCUCAUUGACCCGAGCUACGAUUGGCAUGCUUGACCCCGGAUCCUCUGGUAUCACAUUCGAGGUACGAACGCUUUUAGCUUCAAGCAGUGGAGGUAGCUCCCGGUUAAUCUCGGCGAGCACUAAAAGCCUACCGGACAGUGGUACAAUCGCCAAUGCUAGCUUUACAAGGGAUGGCGACAAUGUUGUCUACAAAGCUGAUAUUCUGGUACCAUACGCAUUUGUGCGGCUAUUUAUCGGCAUUAAACAAAAGGAGUAUCCAACAGCUCACACACCCGUCCACGGGUGGCCGAUUGACAAGGCAGGCCUGGAUGAUCAAGGUACCCAGUGGCACCAGGUCGUCAACUACCUCGUCGAAGGAAAUGACUUUUACUCCGGCUUUUACGAAUACACUGGUUCUUGGAAUGACCAGGACAGAGGUAAUGCGGAAUGGUCGUGGUCCUCUCUCGGUGUUGCACCCCAAUCUCAGAGUGGUUACACUUAUACAUGGAACGUCCCGCUCGCUGGCACAGAUGCUGUAGCCAGCGAGUAUCUUAUACAAGGCCAAGGAUACGCCCCGAUCAACAAUCUCUGCAUGGGAACCCUUUAUUUCUAUACGAUAUUUUAG